UUCCAUUCUAACCGCGCAUGUGCGGCUCCGGGAGCGCGCAGCGAUCGGUGCUGUCACACUGACAGCUCCAGUGCCACCUGUCAGUGUCCAUCAGUGCCAGCUGUCAGUGCUCAUCCAUGCCACCUUCCAGUGCCCAUCAGUGCCACAUUUCAGUGCCUACCAGUGCACAUCAAUGCCACAUAUCAGUGCCCAUCUGAGCUGCAUUUCAGUGUCACUCAUCAGUGCCAGUCAGUGACACCUAUCAAUGCCAGUCAGUGCCACCUAUCAGUGCUGCCAAUCAGUGCCACCUAUCAGUACCAGUCAGUGCCGCCUAUCAGUGUGCAUCAGUGCCGCUUAUCAGUGCCCGUCAGUGCUGCCUAUCAGUGCCGCCUAACAGUGCCAGUCAGUGCUGCCUAUCAGUGCCAUAUAUGAG